AUGGUGACUCUGACUCCCGUGCCCUAUGAAGUCAAGAAUGCAGUUCUGUUCUUUUCAGUCCUGGAGUUUGCAGUAGGGAUCCUGGUCAAUGCCUUCAUUUUCUUGGUGAAUUUUUGGGACGUGGUGAGGAGGCAGCCACUGAGCGACUGCAAUCUUGUCCUGCUGAGUCUCAGCCUCACUCGGCUUUUCCUGCACGGGCUGCUCCUUCUGGAUGCCAUCCAGCUUACCCACUUCCAGCAGAUGAGAGAGCCGCUGAGCCUCAGCUACCAGACCAUUCUCAUACUCUGGAUGACAGUAAAUCAAGCUGGCCUCUGGCUCACCACGUGCCUUAGUCUCCUCUACUGCUCCAAGAUCGCCCGCUUCUCGCACACCUUCCUGCUCCACUUGACAAGCUGGAUCUCCAGGAAGAUCUCCCAGGUGCUCCUGGGUGCUAUUUUUUUCUCCUGCGUCUGCACUGUUCUCUGUUUCUGGGACUUUUUUAGUAGAUCUCACUUCUCAGUUGCAACGGCGCUACUCAUGAGUAACAGUACAGAACUCAGUUUGAAAAUUAGAAAACUCCACUUCUUUCAUUCCUUCCUCUUCUGCAGCCUGGGAUCCAUCACUUCUUUCUUGCUGUUUCUGGUUUCUUCUGGGGUGCUGAUUGUCUCCCUGGGGAGGCACAUGAGGACAAUGAGGGCCCAAACCAGAGAUUCUCGGGACCUCAGCCUGGAGGCCCAUAUCAAAGCGCUCAGGUCCCUUGUCUCUUUCCUCUGCCUGUAUGUGGUGUCCUUCUGUGCUGCCUUCGUCUCGGUGCCUUUGCUGACGCUGUGGCACAGCAAGAUGGGGGUCAUGGUCUGUGUGGGGAUCCUGGCAGCCUGCCCCUCCGUACAUGCCGUCAUACUGAUCUCAGGCAAUGCCAAGCUGAGGAGAGCUAUGGAGACCAUCCUGCUCUGGGCUCAGAGCAGACUAAGGUAA